CAUCCGAAUUUGUAAUGGCGGCGGUACAGAAGCAAAAUUCAGUUUUCAUAAGGGAAGUGUGGGAUCAUAAUGUGGAGGAAGAAAUUGAAGCAAUCCGAUGGGUAGCGAAGAAAUUUCGCUAUGUCGCCAUGGAUACAGAGUUUCCCGGGACAGUUGUGAAAGAGAUUGGGCAUUGCCGAAGCAGGAAAGAGUACGAAUACAGACUUAUGACGGCCAAUGUGAAUUUGCUUUCUCUAAUCCAACUCGGCCUGACCUUCGCAGAUAAGGAUGGAAAUCUACCCGAUUGCGGCACAGGGCAGCCCUGCGUAUGGCAAUUCAAUUUCAGAGAAUUUGAUCCCAGGCGUGACUUGCAUGCCCCUGACUCCAUUGAACUUCUCAGGAAAAACGGCAUUGAUUUCAACAAAAAUAACCAGAUGGGUAUUGAUGCCAGAAGAUUUGCAAGGCUGCUUAAUUCGACUGGCAUUUUUAUCGAUAGGAGUAUUCACUGGAUUGCUUUUCAUGGUGUUUAUGAUGUUGGAUAUGUGGUCAAGCUUCUCACUUGCAGAUCAUUGCCUCCCAGUGAAGACCAGUUUUCUUACCUUGUCAGAUUGUACUUCCCUAACAUUUAUGAUGUGAAGCAUCUCAUUAGGUACUGUGAUGGCCUGUAUGGAGGGCUUAAUAAACUGGCUGAGCUGCUGAAUGUGGAGAGAGUUGGGACUUCACGUCAAGCUGGGACUGACAGCUUGCUUACUUGCUCAGUUUUUAUGAAAUUGAAACAGAGGUUUCCUCAGACAUACAUAGAGAGGUUUGCAAAUGUAGUGUAUGGAUUGGAAUAGGGCAUAGACCAACAGCUUUUGCAUGCCACCACCUCCUCCUCCUCUUUUUGUAGGUUGUAAUUGCAAAGCUUAUUAAAAUUGGUUUUCCCAAUUUGAAAGUUAGUUUUUUUUAAUUUUCCUCUCCUAAUUCUAAAGGAGGGCCAGCAAGCCAUGUGCAUCCGAUCAGGGCUGGAUUUUGACGGCCACCUCUGCCUUAUGAAU